AGGAGCAGAGACAGAGAGAGGGAGGCGGAUGUAUUUAUUGAAGCAAAUAAAAGAUGGAUAGAGCGAGAGAGACAGAGGAAGUGAAGGAGAGAGAUGAGCUGUCAGGGGUUUCUUGAAUGGCGCAGCAAUUUCCACCUGCAAAAACAAGACUUUUGAAUCCCUGCUGCACUGGCUCAGACGGAGUGAAAAUAUUCUCUCUGUGAUGGUAUCUGACAUGCUGUUAUUGUCUUCACUUGCUGCACUCUGAGCCUGUUAAUGGAUGUGCACCAACGUCCAUACAUGUGCACACACAGACGUGCAUGUAGCUUCUUAUGCACACACACUUCUCGAAAGUCAUAUUUUUCUGUUUCUCAAGCGGAAGCGGAAUCAAAGCAAAUUUUGGGUCAUUCAGAGAGUUACACAUCACUCCAAAACUGGAAAAUGUGACUGCAAGAGGUAGAGUUAAUGGUACGCAUGCACACAAACACCUACACGCACUCUUUUCUGAACUUCAAGUGUUCUCAGCUGUUCUGAGAGGGGAAACAAAAUAGAAGGAAGAGAUACUUAAAAGGCAGAAGAGAUGUGAGGAGGUCGUUAAAACUGAUGUGAAAAGAAAGUCAAAAGUAAAGUAAGCGCCUCCCUGAAGUUCUAGAAGAAUCUGGUGUCAAGAAUAUUUCCCUUUCCUGCAUCAGAGCUGUAAAGAUAGCUGGAUUUUAUAUUACACCUUUUGGAAAAACUUGAGAUAACACAACGCCCACUAAUGGCUUUACAAAUGAAGGAAAGACAAACAUUUGUGCUCACACUGCAAUAAAAAGUGGAUGAAUAGCUUAAAUGAACAAACAGUGAGUGAGGAGAUGUCACAGUGGAGCUGGCAGAGAACAGGGGAAAUUGAGGACAGAGGAACGAGGGGAUUGUGAAACGUAGGGAUGGACCAAUCUCCCCUCUCUUUGACCAGUCCUGAUGGGGGUGGACUUUGUUCUUCUCUGGCACAGCCGGUCAAAAGCAAAGUGAAUACGUUACCCGGUCCAGCAGUUUAUAAGUCAUCCACUUAAACUUUACCGGAGGAGGAGAGAGGGAGAGGAGAUGAAGGAGAAGGAAAGAGAGAAAGAAGCAACAGGAGAACAAACAGAGGAGUGAAAAGGACAAAAAGGAACCAACAAUAGGCCACUACUACUACUAGCAAUACUACAACCUAUUUAUCACAUUUAUAGCGGCGUGGUCCAACAGCUGCUACGAUGUGGAUGGAAACCAAAACAGACGUGGAGGAGGCCAGCAGGAGUCGAGCCAGCCUCAGUCGGCGUGUGUUGAACACUCUGCUGUUGUGCACUGGGGACAUGGAGUGCUUGGAUGAGUACAUGCAGGACAAGUCAUUUGUGCUGCAGCUGGGGGUGUGGGGCCUGAGGGGGGUGACCAGGGUGAUACUGGCCAACAACCCGCUGAGCGGCGCUCUCAUCCUCGUUGCACUGUACUGGGCUUCCCCCUGGCAGGGCCUGCUGGGAACUCUGGGUAUACUGGUCUCUACGCUAACAGCUGUUAUCAUGGGACAAGACAGUGCUGAGGUGUCAGGAGGUCUCCAUGGUUUUAACGGCAUGUUGGUGUCUCUGCUGAUCGGAGUGUUCAGCUCGACUGGAGACUGGUACUGGUGGCUGCUGCUGCCUGUCUGCUUGGGGUCAGCUACAUGUGUCUUCCUGUUCAGUGGUCUGUCCUCAGUGUUGGAUCGCUGGGACUUGCCUGUUGCUGUGUUUCCCUUCAACAUCAUCAUAAUUCUCUAUCUCCUUUGCACUGGCCAAGACAAUCCCUAUUUUCCACACCACGCAGCUACGCCACCAGGGGCACUGGAGCUUAAUGGCACCAAACUCAUUGCAACAGAGGUGAUACGUGGCAUCCCUCUUGGUGUGGGUCAGAUCUUCGCCUGUGGAGCCCUGGGGCCCUCCCUCCUCAUCCUAGGAGCUGUUCUGCUCUACUCCCCCCUGCUGGCCGUCCAUGCUCUGCUGGGAUCGGCAAUUGGCACGCUGGCUGGUUUAUCCAUGGCGGUGCGUCAUGAUUCUCUGUACUUAGGGUUGUCAGGGUUUAAUGGAGCUCUGGGCUGCAUGGCUAUUGGAGGACUCUUCUUCGCCAUCAGCUGGAAGACCCACCUCCUUGCCAUCGCCAGCGCCUUUCUUUCUGCAUAUGCUGACAUCGCUCUGAGCAAUCUGCUGGGAACUGUGGGUCUCCCAGCAUGCAGUUGGGCAGCUACUCUGACAGCCACUCUGAUGUUGCUGCUGACCGGCAGUUUAGCAGCAUACCGCAUCCCUAUUGGUCAAGUCAGGGCCCCUGAACACAACCUGCGUUCUCGCAGCCAAUGGGCAGCUGGCAACACAGCAGAAAGAGAAAGCACUGAUGUGUAGCAGGAGGGGACACACACACACACACACACACACACACUACUGUAUCAGUACUUGUUGGACGGGCUGGACCAAACAUAGAUGUGUACUGAUUUUAAACAUUUUAUAAAUAUAUUCUUAGAUAUAUCAUUUCACCACAGCCUUAGAAGUGACUCUACAUUUUGUCCAGGAGGUGGCAGUGUAUGUGAGUAUAAAGUAUCUCAAUGCCUCUGUAUUCAGAUCCAGCCAUUUCUAUUAAAUGUGUUAAAUUCAGCCAAGUUUUAUCCACGUUAUUGCCAGUGGUGUUAUCACAGUACAUGUUUCUGUGCUUCCCCAGCUUUUCAUUGCAUAUUGUAUUUCCUACCAUGAUGCACACAAACACACACAAAAAAAAAAUUAAAGGGAAAGAAAACAUCUUUUAAUAGGCAUGAAAUCAACAAGUCAGUUCGAUAAAAUCAUUCAUUGUUAAAAUGACAGUUGUACUGUUAUCAAUAAAAACACGUAAUGAA